AUGAGCAGCUUCAGCAGCGAGGAGCGCGCCGCGCUCACCCUCGAGUACCGAGUUUUACUCAAAAAUGGAAAAGGACAAUAUAUAUCUCCAUUUCAUGAUAUUCCAAUUUAUGCAGAUAAGGAUGUCUUCCACAUGGUAGUUGAAGUUCCACGCUGGUCUAAUGCAAAAAUGGACCCUUUAAACCCAAUUAAGCAAGAUGUGAAAAAAGGGAAACUCCGUUAUGUUGCGAAUUUGUUCCCCUACAAGGGGUAUAUCUGGAAGUACGGUGCCAUCCCUCAGACUUGGGAAGACCCAGGACACAGUGAUAAACAUACUGGCUGUUGUGGUAACAAUGACCCAAUUGAUGUUUGUGAAAUUGGAAGCAAGGUAUGUUCAAGAGGUGAAAUAAUCAGGGUGAAAGUUCUGGGCAUAUUGGCUAUGAUUGAUGAAGGAGAAACCGACUGGAAAGUCAUUGCCAUUAACGUGGAUGAUCCUGAUGCAGCAAAUUAUAAUGAUAUCAAUGAGGUCAAAUGGCUGAAACCCGGCUACCUAGAAGCUACUGUGGACUGGGUUAGAAGGUACAAGGUUCCUGAUGGAAAACCAGAAAAUGAAUUUGCUUUCAAUACUGAAUUUAAAGAUAAGGACUUUGCAAUUGAUAUUAUUAAAAGUACUCAUGACUAUUGGAAAGCACUAGUGACUAAGAAAACAGAUGGAAAACGAAUCAGUUGCAUGAAUACAACAGUGUCUGAGAGCCCCUUCAAGUGUGAUCCUGAUGCUGCCAAAGCCAUUGUGGAUGCUUUACCACCACCAUGUGAAUCUGCCUGCACAAUACCAACAGAUGUGGAUAAGUGGUUCUAUCACCAGAAAAACGGAUGGAAUUUCUCUGGAAUACAAGCUGAUACUGCUGCAUCCUAUUCAUCUGGAAGUAGUAGAUGCAAAAGUAGUAGCUUUUCAAAGCUUUAAAUUUA